CUUCCCCAAACCCUCCUGGGAAGCUUAAGGUCCCUCGCGAAACACUCCCUCAUCCUCCCAUCACCCACCCCGACUCACCCUCCUCCCGACUAGUCCCCCCGGCAUCUCCUCGCGCUCAUGGCUCCCUUAACCAGGGCCACGGGUACGGGCGCCCCUGCUGGUUUCACGUCCAUUAAUCCCUCCCAACAAUCCACACACGAGUCGGAAGUCAUCGAGAUCGAGGACGACGAUGAUGAAUCAAUGGACGAUGAGGGCGAUGCGCUCGACCCCAACGAUGACGAGGAGGAGGAGGACAUGGAAGAUGAUUACGUCGACGAAGAUGAAGAGUCCGAGGACGAAUCCGCCGACGUUAUGAAUGGAAGUGAAUCACCGCUGGACCUGGGAUUCGCCCCAAAUGGACACAACGGACUAGAUAUCGCAACUCCGGACCUAUUUACUUCGGCAGGCGCGCAGGAGGCGUUGCACCCCCUUCGCCGCACCGCAGAUCGAGUGACGCGCCAGAUCGAGGCCUUUGCCGAAAAACUGGAUCGUUUCAAGCAAAAGGGAAACCGCUCCGAUGAGUUUGUGAACUACCAAGCUGCCUACCAAUUGGUGAAGAGCUACCAGACUCUCGCGCAGGACGCCAUCAGCGACAUCUCGAAACAAAACACAUUGAAGCGGGCCAAGCUGGGAUUGAGUGCUGCUCGAAACAACGGAACCGCGUCACUGGAUCCCAAGACCGAGGAGGAGCUCCAGCGACUGCAGUUGGAAGCCGAUACUUGGCGGCUUCUCCUCAACCUCAUCAGCAUUGACGACCCGCCUCGCAGAGCCAGCGCCAAAAAAGCACAAGAAACUGUCUUUCAAAACCUCCACCGGUACUCAUCUGAUCGCGAGGUUUGGGAACAAUUCUUGUCUGCGGAUCAUUAUGCGACUGAAUGCGUCAUCGUCUUGAAAUGGCUGGAAAACACCGCAAAGACGAGCAGCAAAGAUAUGGACUUGCUGAUCACCGAGUUGGAAACGCAGGCCGAAAGAGGACAGGGACUGUGGUCUCAUGGCUGGCUUUACACCAAGGAAGCAAUCAAGGGACAAAAACGUCUUCGAGCCUGGCCUCAACCCCUCGACCCCAACAAUCCAGGAAUCUCCGACUCGCUGCUGAGCUCGGAUAAAUCAGAGCCCCUAGUCACUCAGUUAGAUCCGGACGCCGUUACGCGACAGAAGCACAGCCUCCAGACACAGGACCAGUUUUACGAACGCGCGACCUGGAUGACUUGCUGGAAGAUGCUCAGGCACGGAGAGAGUUGGUCCAAGAUCCGGGAGUGGUGCGCAGAGCGGCUGGAGAAUUGGCGAGCAGUCAGCAUCUGUGGUUCUAGCGUGGACGUCGAGGCCCACACGGGUAGGACGCCUGUUUAUGAUGGACACACACGCAUGAUGAACUGGCGCUCCCAGGAAUCCUGGCGCGCGGCCUGCGCUGCUCUGACACGGAGCCCACAUACGGAAGAUUUCGAGCGGGCGGUUUAUUCAUUGCUCUGCGGUGAAACGGAAGCAGCCUUCAAGGUCUGUCAUACCUGGGAUGACUACCUCUACGUCUACUUCAAUAGCGUCCUACUCUCCCGGUACCAAGGAUUCUGCAAGCAAUUCCAGCGCAAGCUAAGCCAUUCGCCCACUGCGCCUGUAUCGUUCGUGCCGGAACCGGCUGGAUAUGCCGAGGUGAACAAAUUCGUGCAGUAUACUAGAGGCAACGAUCGUGUCGGAAGCGAGGCACGGAACCCAUACCGCACCAUCCAGGCCACCAUCCUGGGCAAAGGAUACGACUCUUUCUUCUAUUCGCUGGCCCAAGCCGUGUCGCAGGUCGCAAACAGCAAAUCGGAUCGGUCAUCCUUCGUGCCUGAUGUAUCACCGACAUCCGUUGAUGACAGCCUUGUCAUCACGGCAGAAGAUGGCGAUGCGCUGCGGAUUGCCACUCAUCUCUACAUCGUCACUUGUUCCAUUGGAUACGUUCGCGCCGACACCCAGUUCUACAACACCGCUUGCGUCAAUGUGAUUGGAUAUAUCGCUAAUCUGGAAGAAGCGGGCGUCGUGGAUAUCAUCCCUAUUUAUGCGUCCCUUCUUCCCGAAGAGUUGGCGCAGUCUGUUCUGGCUCAGGUAUUGAUCGAGAUCGUUGACCCUAGAGAGAGGAGGCUGCUGGUUAGGCUCAUGGAGAAACAUGGCAUCGAUGUCGAAGCUGUUCUGCAAACUCAGUGGGAGUGGGUGAGCGCCAAUGUCUCUGCCAUUGACCACUCCAGGACGGUCAAGCGGUACCCGAAGGUUGUAACCCGCAAGGACGGCAACUAUGAAUUGGUGCCCGUGAAGAAGGACUUCAUCGGGACCGAGGUUUCUGAGACCGAUGAGCAAGUUAUCCGUAGUCUCGAAUGGCUGCGCUACGUCGACGGGCAAUGGGGCCGGAUCUGUCAGCUCGGGGCGCUGUUGUACCGGAAAUUCUAUAUUUCUGGUAGACUUUCUGCCGCUCGGGAGUUGAGUCGGCGGAUGAGACUCUCGGACCUUUCGCGAGAAGCCUUCGGGUUUGAUAUUUCCGAAUUCACCCUCGAGGUCGAGGCUGGACAAGAGUUCAACACCCCGGAACCUUCCAGUCCAAGCAAAUCGAGGCUGCUCAGCUCCCCGCACAAGCGUUCUCGGUCGAAAACAAACGGGGUUGCAUCGGGUAGCCAGACGAGCAUCUUGAUUCAGCAAUCGCAGACCAUGCGUGACCUGGAAGUCCUGAUCUUGGCAUUUGACUCGCUGGAAAGAUUCGCCACCGUGUUUGAGAAACUCGAAAAGACUAAACGCCGACGGGAUGCUGGCACUCUCAAGGACUUGAGGGGAGAGCUGCAGGAAGCAUUGGACGACACUAGCUUACAAAUUGAUGCUAUGUUAGAUGAGUGGCUAGUUAACUACGAGAAUGAAGCGGACCAGGCGGAAUUGGAACAGAUUCGAAACACCUACCUCCCGGAGGUGUUCCUGGACUACCACAGUGCGAUGUACUACUCGGCGCAUGUGCUUACCAGCGAGCUCCUGGUACAAUGCAUGAACCUGGCCACCCAAGUGGCUGAGGUGGAGCACCUGACGAGUAGCUUUGUGGCGUCGCGCCGGGUCGGGGAGCUGGUGAAUGCGCUGGCACUGUCCAGCAAAGCCAUGGUGAACACUCGCGCUAAACCAGGGGUGAGGCUUCUGGGGGGCGAGUCGUUGGGAAUCUGGACCGCCGAAGCGCCUGAAGAGGAGAAUGGCACGACGCAGGCGCAAUGAAGUGUAUUUUGACGAAGGGAGGACCGGCGUGUAUAUUACCCUCAUAUUUUUUUUUUCAUAUUUCUACGAUUUUCCGAAUCUCUUCUGGCCGGAAGGAUUCCGGGGAUUUUGCAUGUGACGGGCUCGGAGGGUGAACAUUUCCGGCGCAUUUCCAGGGUUUACCUCGACAUGAAAAUGAACAGAAUCUUACUUUAUUGGACUGCUGGAUUUACGAAGUACAGUGGACGGAGAUGGACACUCGGGGCUUUGGCCAAUUUGCGGUGUGGUUCUCUUGCAUAAGCGGAACCUUUUCUUUCAAGCUGCUCUUGCCUGCAGAUAGUCUUGAUGGAUUGAUUGCUUUAGUGUCUAGCACUGCCUCAUUGCCAUCAUCAAAUAAAGUCAUAUACUAAGACAUGGUGCAAUCUAUCGUGAUACUAGAGUGGACUUGAUUACCCAAUCUCUGACCUGUUAUUAUUCGUUUAUUUGGGGGUCAU